UUUGCGUUGAAUAAAAAAACGAAGCAAGUUUAACUUUAUAUAUUUUAAAUCUGUUAAAUGCAUUUUGGUCUCGCACAUAGCAUAUUCCUCAUAAUUUCCUUCCCCAAUAUAGGUAUAUAAUCCUCAUAAUUAAUCUUCCGCCAGUUCUUAUAAAAACAAUUUCAAUCCAAACAAGAACAGAAGUUGCUGAAUGCUAUGGAAAUACUCUUUCUCUUAAAGAUUAGCGUUAUUAUCUUUUGCACCUUACUACUUUUAUUACCUGUAUCAGCGGAGUCAAGAUAUGGAGCUUGUAAACCAAGAAACUGCGGCAGCGGCCCCAAUAUCAGCUACCCUUUUUAUAUCGAAGAUACCGGGUUAGACUUUUGUGGUCUGCGAGGCUUUAAAAUUGAGUGCUCUGAAGGGAAACCUGUAUAUUUGACCUCAAGAGGCCCUUACUUUGUCGAAGAUAUCUCGUAUGAAAACCAGUCACUGCGUUUGGUGGAUGUUGAAGUCGUGGAUGCUACAUGCUAUGCUCCUUCUCACUAUUUCGCCUUCGAUGGCGGUCCGAUGUAUUUCAGCUCCACUCAUGCUAACUUGCAGUUCUUUUAUGGAUGCAAUGAAUCAUUUUCUCUCAGUUUUGAGAAGAAGUUGAUUCCUUGCAAAUCCAAUGCUACUUAUGUUUCAUAUGUUGCGUUGGUCGUUAAGGAUAAGGAGUUGAGUUAUGGAGAGGGCUGUGAGCGGCAAGUGGGUGUACCUAUUGAUUUGGAGGGAGGCUUCUCCAAUCAAACCAUAAAAACUGUUGAUUACCCUCAAUUGUUGAAGAAAGGUUUCACUUUAAGAUGGUAUGGAGAUGGAUGUUCCAACUCAUGUAAAACAAGCGGUGGCCAAUGCGGAUUUGAAGACGAACGUACUGUAUGCUUUUGUCCCGAAGGAACACAUUCUACAAACUGCACAGAGGGAAAGACUGGUAACAUGACAAUCCUUAAAGUUGGAACAGGAAAUGGAAACAAGAUUUUCAAAGCAACAAUAGCCACAACAGUUGCUGGAGUUGGGGCUCUAAUUGUGAUAGUGAUAUGCUGCAUAAGGAAAUUCAAAUAUAAUAAAUCCAUAUGUUUUUGGAAGAAGCAGAAUCAAACUGAUCAAAAUAUUGAGGCCUUUCUAAGGAACUAUGGACCUGUACGAGUUAGAAGAUAUAGUUAUUCUGAUGUCAAGAAAAUGACCAACUCCUUCAAAGAAAAAUUAGGCCAAGGGGGCUAUGGUGGUGUAUACAAAGGAAAAUUACAUGAUAACAGUCUUGUUGCAGUAAAGGUGUUGAAUGAAUCAAAAGGUAAUGGAGAAGAAUUUAUCAACGAGGUGGCAACAAUUAGCAGAACUUCCCAUGUCAACAUUGUUUCUCUAUUAGAUUUCUGUUUUGAGGGUCAAAAAAGAGCUCUCAUCUAUCAGUUCAUGCCUAAUGGAUCUCUUGAGAAAUUUAUAUUCAACAACAAUCAUUCAUUGGGAUGGGAUACACUCUUUCAAAUUUCGCUUGGCAUUGCUCGAGGGCUCGAAUAUUUACAUCGUGGUUGUAAUACACGAAUUCUGCAUUUUGACAUAAAGCCACAUAAUAUUCUUCUAGAUGAAGAUUUCUCACCAAAAAUAUCUGAUUUUGGACUUGCUAGAGUAUGUACCAGAAAACAGAGUACUAUUUCUAUGCUGGAUGCAAGAGGGACUAUUGGAUAUGUUGCUCCUGAACUACAUUGUAGAGAAGUUGGAGGGGUUUCACACAAAUCUGAUGUGUAUAGCUAUGGAAUGAUGGUUUUGGAAAUGGUUGGACGGAGAAAGAAUGUGAAUGUCGGUGCUGAUCAUAGUAGUGAAAUAUAUUUUCCACACUGGAUUUACCAGCGUCUUAAAUUAGAUGAAGAACUUGGAUUAAAGAUAAUAAUGAACGAAGCUGAAAAAAUUGAAGUGAAGAAGAUGAUAAUGGUGAGUUUAUGGUGUACACAACUUGACCCUUCAGAUAGACCAGCCAUGAGUAAAGUCAUAGAAAUGUUGGAAGGAAGUCUUGAUUCCUUGCAAAUGCCACCAAAGCCGCGGAUCUUUUCUUCUACUUCAAAUUCAAGUUUUCCAUCUGAUUCUUCCAGUGCGAUUGUAUGAAUUCAAACUUAAUAAGUAUGUCUCUGAUAUGAACUUUUUCAAUUCCCAACUACAUGGAAACAAUCUGAUCUUACAAAAUAAUAAUUUCAAUUGCUGUACGGUACAAGCUAAAUUUUGCAAUUUAGGGUCAGAAAAAUAU